CGCUAUCUUCGCCAACAGAAUAAACGUGCUUCCAUUCACACAAGAAGGAUAAACAAUAGAAACAUAUGACGAAGAUUAACUGCGACGUAUUACACGAAGGGAAGGAGAAUUCGGGAUUAUGCUAUGAAUACAAGGAGUGCAAUCAUAUUGACAACAUAAGGGAAUCCUACCACCUGGAUCACAACGAACAGGAGUGGGAAGGAGAGAAGCAUGACCAGCAGCGAAAGCAACACCAAUCGAUUUUUCGGAACAAAGUUAUUCUUUCUAUACUCGUUACCGAAACUGCCGAGCGGAUAGCCUACUUCGGCUUUCGAGCAGUCCUGGUCCUCUACUUUAAUCAAGGCCUGGAAUAUUCAGAGUCGACGUCUUUUUCUUUGUUUGCAUCUGUGACAGGCCUCGCAUAUCUGUCUCCAUUGCUGGGAGCACUUCUAGCAGACAAUCAUUGGGGUCGAUACAACACGAUAUGGCGAUUUGGUGCUGUCUACUCGAUUGGGCUCUCUCUAGUUGCGUUGGGUGCCUACCAAUUAGAUUUUCCCUUUUCAUCAAUGGAAUCGGAUUCUGCUGUUUCCGAAUCGAAUCUACUGGUGGCUCGAUCGCUCAGUUUCACCGGUCUGAUACUGGUUUGUCUCGGAACAGGAGGAAUCAAGCCCUGUGUCUCGGCGUUUGGUGCUGACCAAGUCGUGCUCGGGUCUGAUCAUCUGCCGACCCACGAAUCUGAAAAAGAAACCGCAUCGUCUUCAGUAGUAAUAUACUCGCAUGUCGAGAAAGAGAACCGGUCAGAACUUUCUUCGGACGAUGGCAAUGCGUUUGAGGAGACAACACCGACAGCAAAAACAGGACUUGCUAUGUCUGCUGAUCACUGUCCGGUAGAACAAGAGGACGAGAGUGUGCGAGAAUUCUUCAAUAGCUUUUAUUUUUGUAUCAACGUCGGAGCAUUGCUUUCCUUUGCGAUCAUUCCUAUGAUUCGAGCAAGUUAUGGUUUUUCUGCUGCAUUUUUCAUACCGACCGUGUUUAUGAUUGGAGCUCUCGGCAUAUUUUUAUCGCAACGGAAGGCUUACAAGCAUAGAAGAAGAGGUCCGUCUGAGGCCUCGCUGUUCCAAACACUGUAUGUUUGCUCAGCCAUCGUAUGCACAAAAUUGUGCCGAAAAAACCGCCAGUACAGUUGUCCUGCCGCUGAUAGUAUUGGGGGCCAAGAACCUGUGUCCUCGGCAAUUAAUGCUUCCAGCUGUCUCGAAGUCGGAGGUCCUGGUGGAAUAGUGCGAACAGAAGGUCAAUCAGUAGAAAAGUUAGGUAGUCAUAGUGAUCAGGUGCUUCGAGAUGCGGAACAAGUUUUGCAUUUGAUGCCUCUGAUGCUCUUCUUUCCGGUAUUUUGGAUGCUAUACGAUCAGCAGGGAUCGGUAUGGACGUUGCAGGCAACGCACCUCGAUCGCCACGGUCUGGAACCGGAACAAUCGGGGGUACGUCUUUAACUUGCCGAAAACAACAACAAAUGCGUCACAUGUACUUGGACUUGGGUGAACUACCACGUUAAAUUGGAAUGACAAAGACUUGUGCAGUCAUGGCCAGACCGAUCUAUUUCUCGUUGCCGUAAAAUGACAUUUUCUAACCUGCUAUGUUUCAAUCUAUUCCUUUCUCUCUUUUCCUUCUUCUCGAAGUUUCUGAAUCCGCUGUUAAUAAUGAUUUUUAUUCCGUUGUUUGACCGAGUUCUGUAUCCGUGGCUAGAAGCUAAAGAUUUCAAUAUUCAGCCGCUGAGGAGAAUGGAAUAUGGAAUGUUUCUCACGGCAGUUGCAUUCUUUGCAAGCACAGUACUGGAAUAUUCAAUACAAAAUAGCCCACCAAACAGUAUUUCAUUGGCAUGGCAAAUACCGCAGAUCACAAUACUGACGGUAGCAGAAAUUUUGUUGAAUGUUACAGGACUCGAGGUGCGUCGAUUCUAUUUUGUUCUAUACUGCAUUCUAUUCGUGUUCCUUUGCAUUGGUAUUCACAUCCGCCAAGUUGUGGAUGCUUGAAAGUGCUAUUUGUUUUGAUCCUCUCCUAGAAACUAAGUGGAAUAUUUUGUGUAUUUGUUUUUCACAGUUUGCUUACAGCCAAGCCCCGGAUAGCAUGCAGGCACUGAUUCUCGCUGUAUUCCUGUUCAUGACCGCUAUCGGGGAUGGUUUCGGUUCUGUCUUGUUUGCUACUGUGUUUCGCGAGCUUCGCUCUACUGUGACCAUGAUAACCUGUGCUUUAUGCAUGCUUGUGAAUCUAGCUCUGUUCUCGAGGGUUGCCCGUCGCUGGAAACCGAGCCAGGCCAUUCGCCAGGACCAUUCUCAUCGAGAGAAAAAUAUCGACGAGGAAGGUGUUGAAUUGAAUGUAUUGAGGAAUGAAGGAGGAAUUAGCUAGGAUAUUUUUGCGGUACCAGUCAUCAAUGGCAUUCAAGAUUACAUACAGAGACACACU